UGUGUGUACUUUGUGUCUUUUGAGUGUCUGGGUGUUAACUGCCAAGACGAACUUUCUAACAGCAAGUCCUUGGUCAGUUGAGGAGCUCUAUUUUUUUUUUUUUUUUUGCUCUCCUCUCUCAAAUUGACGGUACAGGUGGAUACUCUGCAUCCGCACUUUUACCAGCAUGUCUCCAUCCACAUCCCCCCGGUUCUUCACCGAGAGGGAGGUGGCCCGCCACUGCUCUAAGGACUCCUGCUGGGUGCUAAUAGGUACCAGGGUGUACGAUGUGACCGCUUUCUUGCGAAUGCAUCCCGGCGGGGAAGCUCUGAUACUUCGCCGUUCGGGGAAAGAUGUAAGCAGGGAGAUGGAAGGACCCCCUCACCGCCACUCUGAGAACGCCCGACGGUGGAUGGAGCAGUACUACAUCGGGGAGUUGGACCGAGACAGUGACAGCGACGAUCUCCAGACUGUCAGGGAAAGAAGAAAUGCCUGUCAGCAGACUGAAGAAAAAACAGCAGUGGUAACACCCGAAGUAAAGGAGGAAGAGGAGGCUCCACAUAAUCGCUGCAGCCCUGUGGACCUGGACAAGGAUUUGGUGGACUGGAGGAAGCCCCUGGCAUGGCAGGUAGGCCACCUCGGAGAGAAAUAUGAUGCCUGGGUUCACCAGCCAGUCGACCGGCCCAUCAGACUCUUUGGGAACCCCUUCAUGGAGGCCAGCACCAAGACUUCUUGGUAUUGGGUACCCGUAGUUUGGCUUCCUAUCGUCUUUUAUCUUAGUUGGUAUUGCUACACCUAUUUGGCCAAGGGCAUCACCAGGAUAGCCAUCACUUCAGACUUUUCAGUUCUGGUCCAUAAAUACAGCUUCCUGGUGUUCUUCUUGUUGGGCUGGUUCUUGUGGUCUUUCAUCGAGUACUGCAUCCAUCGCUUUGUCUUUCACAUGAAACCACCAGCUCAUAACUACUACCUCAUUACGCUACACUUUCUUCUGCAUGGACAGCAUCACAAGUCUCCAUUCGAUGGCUCCAGGCUGGUCUUCCCUCCAGGCCUGGCCUCCUUAGUGGUUGGAACUUUCUACACAAUUCUCUGUAGCCUCCUACCAGAGAUCAUUGCCAUAUCAGUGUUUACCGGGGGACUGUGCGGCUACGUGGUCUAUGAUAUGAUCCACUACUAUCUUCACUACGGCUCUCCGAAGAAAGGUUCUUACAUGUAUAGCUUGAAGGCCUACCAUGUCAAACACCACUUUGAGCACCAGAGAGCAGGUUUUGGUAUCACCUCCAAGUUCUGGGACCGCCCCUUCCACACGGUCAUCCCCGAUGAGAAAUUUGAAUCCUGAUUAUUAAGCCUUAAAACAACCCGACAUCCUGUCCAGCCUAUGCAGCAAAAUCCAUCCUCUUCUUCAAUAUUAGUCAUCUCUUUACGCCAUUUUUCUUCUUCUUCAUGUGUUUUAUGUGUGCUUUCCUUUCCUGUUGCAAGACAUUUCUGUGCCAUUUUUUUUAAACUCAAACCCGAUCAUCAUAAUGCGCCAUUGCUGCUCCCUUAACCACAUAGACUUCCCUCCAUUAUUACUAGUCCCGUUGCCAUGACGCCAUACACCUUGCAAUACACCAUCUGUAGAAAACUUCUACAUCACAUACUGUAAUGAUAAGAAGCCCAAUGACCAACAACAGAACACCUUUUUUUUUUUUUUUUUUCUGUGAAAUGAUGUUAAAAAUCCCUUGGAGUGGAAAAGUGGAAUAAGGAAGUGAUGAAGGGUGCGUGAAAGUGGAAUAUAGGCAUUGAAGAAAAAGGCUGCAUAGAGGGUAAGAAAUGUAUGAGGCCUGGGAGUUUGAUAUAAAUAUUAAAAAAAAAAAAAGCCCAACUCCCAGUCUAAGCAAAAGUCACUGUCAUCGUUGAUAGAAGAUUCAUGAGAAGAUUCGAGAUGAUUUAUUAUUAUAAAUGUUUUCUCCUUCAUCGCCCAUUUUGUCUCUGCUCUUCUACAAAGAUGUAAAUGUUUUGUAAGAUGCUUUUGUACAGUAGAUUUUUCAAUAGCACCAAUCAUUUUCCAUCCAUCCAUCCAUCCAUCCAUCCAUCCAGUCUCUAGAGAUCUUACAGUUUUUCCAUAGCAAACCAUGGAUGAUGUCAACAUCCGUGCCAGAGAGACACUUGAAGGAAUGAAGUCAGCCCCGUCAGACUUCCUGCUGUGGGGACUUUGAAGUCAAAAAGUCACAAAGACAUCCAAUGUGACAACGGCUGUCUUUUUUUUUUUUUUUUUUUUACUUUUUACAUUCCUCGACUGCAUCUCCCUGGAGGAUGACGAUGGAAGACCCAUCCGACUGUGCAGCACGAAGUCUUGAUAGCUGGCGGAUCCAUCACGGUUUUCCUCUGAGCGUUACUGCAGAACAAAACCAUGUACACUUCAUGUAUUUUUGACCCUAAAUCAACUGUAGUAGUUUUCAAAACGUGUUACUCACCUAAAAUAUAUACAUAAUAUAUAUAUAUAUAACAUAUAUACAAUAUGUAAAAUAACAUGGAAUUUAUCCUCACUGGUUUUGUUCUAUUUUUUUUUUUAAGAUGAAGACUUUCAAUUGUUGCAAAUCAAUAAUUUUUGUAUUUUUUUGUCACUGAGUUGAUUUUGCACAACGUCAUAUUUUCUUUAUGUAAUUUAUCACCAGUGAAGAUGGGUAUUCCGUUCACGAAGAAAGCCUCGCAUCUUCAUAAAUAUGUUACUAUAACAAGACUAUAACUAAUGAAUUAAGAAAAGAAAGAUGGUGUUCAUACGUAUGUAACACGUAUUGGAAUAAAAUGCACAAAAAAUUGUUAUAUUUAUUUGAUUAACAGGAAAAAUAAAACUAAACUUGUUUCUAGUAAUAGUCUUGUAUAUUCUAUGAUAAAAUGUUAAAUAUUUCCUUCACGUGUUUACUCCAGCAUCUCAUACAUUUUAAGUUGUUUUAAAUUUCUAUGCAAAUGCAUUUGUAAAUA